AGGACCACUUCCCGGAAGCAUUGAGGGUACAGAUACAGAGUCAUUCCAAAGAUUAUGCAGAGCCACCUUUGAAGAAAGAGAAGAAGGUUGCAGACACACCAAAGGAUAUUACUGAACAUGUCCGUUUGCAUGAUCUGAAUCGUGUACAACUAAGAGCGAGUUCACGGCUCUCGUUCCAUGUGUGUAUACAGCUGGUGCAAUAUUCGUCGGUUGAAACCCUGAUACGAAAAGUGCGCGUCAUGACCGAUGACGAAGGCUACAAUGCGUGGCAGAAAAUUUUAAAACCAAUUUUAGACAUGGACACAGACUCAGAUAUCUCGAGCGGACCCAGCCAGAUCAGCAUGAUGUGCCCUGUGGGCUGUAUACGUAUGCAGUAUCCCGCCAGGGGGAAGAACUGUCCCCAUAUACAGUGUUUUGAUGCCAGAAUAUAUAUCUCAAUGAAUGAGCGACGGCCGGCAUGGAUGUGCCCCGUUUGCAACCGGAAAGUGCCAUACGACGACCUCGUUGUGGAUGGGCACUACCAAACUGUCAUCGCUGGCACAACAGCCGAUAAAGUAUACGUGAAACCGGGGGAGCGAGAGUGUCCUACUGAAUUAGAUAAAGCCAAGGCCACCAGUAUACCAGGUACACCCGAUAGCAUUUCGGAUGAGAAAGAAAACAUAGAAAUUCUGGAUGAUGGCAGCACCGGUGGGAGUGCGACGCCGCCUGUCAAAGCAGAAGGUACUCAACAAAGCACCAAGCGAUCAACACCAGGCAAGGCCAGUGCCACACCUGAUGUCAUUGAUUUGUGUUCAGAUGACGAUGACGACGUUGCCAUGUCAACGGCCAUUCAAGCAGCGUUGCCUCGAGAUACGAGUACGAGGUCGUCAAAUAUCAAGCGAGAUCCUACGCUUACCAGAGACUACAACGCGACACUGCUGCAACAACUCAGCAAUCUACCUACACCGCGAAUAAGGAUGUCCCAGCCGCGACCCACGCAUCUGGCUCGAGACUCGAGUGCUAUAAAUAGAACCGGAAGCUCAGCCAAUCGGCUGGCGUCGAUCAAUGACCGGAGCGCAAGCAAUCCGACGACAACCAAUCACUCGCCGUUGUCUCACAUGUCUGCGUUAGACAACUUUAGUGCACCGUCAGACUCGCCCGUUGCAGGUCACGGUGUAGCACAAACACGGCAACCUGCGGGAAACCCCUAUCUAGGCCUCUCGAGUGCUAGUGCGCAUGUUCGCACAAACAGCUCCCACAACUUUCUAAACGGACUUUCUACCGAUACGUUCUCCUUACAGCCACGCUCGACAGGUCUGUUGUCAUCCAUGGACAUACCAUUGUUGGGCGGCAGCGAUGGUGCUGACGGGGAUCAGGCACAGCUACCAUUAGAUACGGUGAGUGCGUUUUAUCUGAGCAACAUGUCUAAGACUACGGAUGAUAACACAUCCCGGUAUAGUUUACCUAGAGACAACGGCUUUGAAUUCGGGAGUGGGCUGGAGAACGAGAUUGGCUCCACAACUGCGAAUAGGACCAGGAGUAUAAGAGUUGGGGGCUCAAUAGGAUCACAAUCAGGACUGAGCCCAAACCCAAACCCAAACCCAAACCCGAAUUCGAAUCCGAACAACAGGAAUCCAGAUACGAGCGGGGGGCUUGGUCUCACUGCGCCGUACGUGUCCGGGGGAGAGAGUAUGAGUGCAGGGUCUACACCGCGAUUUGGCGAGUUCGGUACAAGUGUAGCUAUGCCGUUCGACAGUACCAUGCCAUUCAGUGGCAGUGCGAACAGCGGGGAAGGGGGCGGGAGCGUCCUGUUUGGCACCUGGGGUGGGUUGGGCCAUGGUAGUAGCGCGGGAUUCGCCGCGGAUCAGAAUGCACGACAUGUCAGCGAGGAUACCGGCCAGACGAGUGUGAGCAAGUUCGGUACUUUGCGGGACUCCGUUUCCGAUCUUCGGGCACGCGCCGCGCGCGGUGGCGACGAGCGUAUACCGGAGCACAGCUGGACCACCACGAGUGUUACGGACAGCGGGGGACGGCAUCGUCGUAUCACUUCGGGGGACUUGGCGUCAGGCACGGUGUCAGAGAGGAGUAUGAAUGAUAUAAUGACUGACGCUACCGAUGCUGAACUGAGCAGUAUCAACGGGUUCAGGAAUAAUUUAUCCACGGCCGGGAACUACCCUUUAAGGGAUAGCGGGAAUCGUCAGGGCAACAACAGCAAUAUACAUAGCCCGAUUGUAUAUGAUUAUCCCGCUUUAGGCCCCAGUCAUAACACGAACAACAGCAACUACAGCAUGGGCUCGACUUCGGGCGGAGGUCUGAAUGCGAAUAGAGGCAGCUCUAGGGGGUCGUUUGCUACACCGCAAGGUAUUGUUUUCGAUGGGUUACCGACUGACCAUGGCAUGGCUAAUAGUGGACAAUUAAAGAGUACUAAUGCAGGGGCCUAUACGCAGGCCACAGGCUAUGCUAGUACGAAGAAUAGUACAGGCGAGGCAAACGCCAGCUCAAAGAGAGACAUAAACAUAAAUACAGACAUGAACAGCAGAUUCAUGCCAAACAAUGUGUCUGCGAAUCCACCUGCGGGACCAGUCACAAAUACGUGGGCGAACCGCAAUGCGGGGGCGAACGAGAGCGACAGUUUCAUCUGUCUUUCAGAUUAGUGGGCAGGAUGCGCCAGUGCAGGCUUGUGAAGUACCGGGAACGGCAUAAAAUCCCGUGGGCAAGCAUAUACAUGUGUGUUUGUAUGCGUUGAUGCAGUAUCUCUGGUGGGCUGUGUGCAGUGCCACGCCAAAGCUGGAAGUCGAGUCUUGUACGGGCUCCAUGGGCGAGUAAGUUAUGCGCACUCGCCAGUACUGUACGCAUACUCGCCAGUGCUGUGAGCGAUAUUUCGAGGCUGGUUUCUUGCUGCUAUAUGACAAUUAUUAAAUAAACCGAUAUCGAGGUAUUGAGUCUGCGAGAUUUGGUCCAAAGGCAGAUCAUUCGUUCAAAGGUGUCCUAUUUU